AUUACACCAACUUCUGACGAUGUCUGUUGACACAUCUCACCCACUCACCGCGGGCGGGAUACCCCUUUCCUGAUCACAUAAUCCUCCUCCUUCCUUCAAGUGCUAUCUACCUUGGGCGGGCUAUAGCUCAGCCGCUGCGGUAUACUUCCUUUAUAGACUCCUCAGCCCACGCGGCGUUACACCCAACGGUCUGGUACCGAGACACCUCAGGACCACCUACUUCGCUCUCCUCAUCCUUUGACCCCGCUGGAGGUUCCUUGGUACUCUCAGUGCUUACUUGAGCUUGUCAUCUCCUCGUCGAACACGCUGAUAAUCACCUACAUCUGACAACGAGCGUGCCAUGCAACAACAUCACGCGUCCCCGAGGCCACCGUUUGGCCACAGUGGCCCUUCCGGGAUUCCUGGGGACCAGAUCAUCUGCAAGGGGUGGGUUCUGAAGAAGAGGCGCAAGAAGAUGCAAGGCUUCGCUCGCCGCUACUUCACGCUCCAGCAGUCGGGAUGGCUGUCUUACUCCUUCGAGCCUGGACAGCCCAGUCGCGACCAGGUAUUCCUGCCUCAAGCAGCUAUUUGCAGCACACCCGGAAGGAAGGACAUACACAUUGAUUCGGGCAAUGCGACGUUCCACAUCAAGUGUCUCAGCGAGCAGGACUUUGACAUGUGGAUGGCGGCCUUCCGCAAGUUCCUCGCUCGCGAUGGCGGACAGUCUGCAGCGCCGACCCUUGGACGGCGUACCACCGUGCGCUCGUCACCAAGGCCAAUGCAUUACAACCGGGUGGGGGCACUUGUGGACGAGAUGGGUAACACAAUCACUGAGAUGCAGGAAGCACUCACUACAUUGCAAGAUGAAGAAGCAAAACAGAGGGCUAAUAGCAUACGUUCUGAAAAGGACAAGAAGGAACGCACGAAGGAACAUGGCGCUCACGUCUUUGGGAUAUUCAAGAAGGCCGCACCUCAUCACAAUAAUGGUCUUGCACGCAGCUCUACAACAGAAACAUCAUCCGAUACUAGUUCUGCUACUGGAUCCACAUAUAAUCGCUUACAAGCCGCGCUAGAGACUCUUAGACACCAACACUCCGCGUUAGUCAAGGCACUGCCUGGAACCACAUCACUAGAUACCCACUCUGUCUACGGACAUACUCUGUCUCAUACGCCAGAAGAAGAUGGCGAACGCACGCCCACGACAGCCCACAGCAUGGGCAGGAAACUCGGACGAAUGUCGAUGCUGAGCACGCAUAGCGGCGGCAGCAACAGCGUCUGGUUCGACGCACAAGAAGGCGAUGGCGCUGAAGAGUUUGUCGUGGACGCAUCUCCGGGCGAAUCAGGCCCUAGUAGCAGUAUUCUGGAUUUGAGCAGCCAGAGUACCAGCAACCAGGCAGACACGGGAUCCAGCACGGAUACUAGUGCGGACACCGACGCUGGCUCGGAGAUAUCAUCAGAAACGUCAGAAGAAGAGCUGGCAGGUGCUGUAUCUCCGGAACCUGAGACUGGCAAGGAGGAACGCCAAAUAGUGCGACGAACGCACUUGCCUUCUGGGCCAGUGGGUGAUGAAGUCAGCUUGUUCGCAGUCCUCAAGAAGAAUGUAGGCAAGGACCUAUCGCAAGUGGCCAUGCCCGUCUCUUUCAACGAGCCGUUGACGCUCCUUCAGAAGAUUGCCGAGGAGCUGGAGUAUUUCGAUCUCUUAUCUCGAGCGGCACAAGAAGACGAUUCCGUGCUGCGCAUGUGCUACGUGGCCUCAUUCGCUGUAUCGACCUAUGCCAACACAAAGUAUAGAACUGGUCGGAAAGGCUUCAAUCCAAUGCUUGCUGAGACCUUCGAGGAGCCGAGGAUGAUGUUCGUAGCUGAGAAGGUAUCCCAUAAUCCAGUGGUACUUGCGUAUCAUGCGGAAGGAGAAGGCUGGGAACUCUGGGCCACAAGCACUGGAAAGACCAAGUUCUGGGGCAAGAGCUUGGAGAUCAUCCCACAAGGUACAAUCCAUCUGAGGCUAGGAGAUGAGCAGUACGAGUGGACGAGGCCUUCUUCGUUCAUGCGGAAUAUCAUGAUGGGCACAAAGUAUCUGGAGCACUGCGGCAAGAUGACGAUUGAGAAUACGGAUACUGGAUUGCGUUGUAACCUCGAGUUCAAGGAAGGCGGCUACUGGGGGCCGUCCAACAUAGUCUCAGGCGCCAUCGUAUCUGCUUCGGGGAAGACCGAGACACACCUGGAAGGGAAGUGGGACGAGCAGAUGGUUCAAAAGCUGAAUUCGUCACAUCUUCGAGUGCUUUGGAAGCUAAACCCGUUCCCGAAGAAUGCGCCAGAUUACUACGGCUUCACCUCCUUUGGUAUCACGCUGAACGAGAUCACGCCGGAUCUGGAGGGUCAUCUACCGCCGACAGAUUCGCGCUACAGAACGGAUGUGAGAGCGCUCGAAGAAGGCGAUAUUGACCGGGCGGAGGCAGAGAAGCAACGGAUAGAGGAGUUGCAGCGCGAGAGACGGCGGAGGGGCGCCGACAGGAAACCUCGAUGGUUUAAGCAGGUGGGCGACAAUGAGUGGGAGUUCACUGGAGAGUACUGGCAUCAUCGGGAGCAGGGCUGGAAGGAUAUAGAGCCAUUGUGGUGACAAUUCUGUGUUCUCGGUCCUCCUGUAGUCACAUCUUGCCGACGGGGUAACCUGGAAUUAUUUCUUGCAGACGUACGAACGUUAUAUGCAUGACUACGAUUUGGGGUAUAUGCGAAGGCAAGAGGGCCAUA